UGUUCAUUCUGGACUUGGAGAGUCUAAGGCCAUAAUGAUGAUGGUGACAACCUUCUUACUGGUGUUUGCUGUGCCGGCCAUUUGUCUACGCUCUUCCCAGACACUCAUUCAGUCCUCAUGACAACCCCAUGAGGUGGGAGUGGCGAUGAACCCCAGCUUUACAUCCUGCCACCCAGAGGACCAACCAUGUGGCCUGCGGCAUGUUCCCUGACUCCCUAAGCCCAACUUCCUCAACCAGAAAAUGUUGAGAGGGAGAAUGUGCAGAAGCGGACUUUUACUCGAUGGAUAAAUCUCCAUCUGGAGAAGUGCAACCCGCCUCUAGAAGUUAAAGAUUUAUUCGUUGAUAUACAAGAUGGCAAAAUCCUAAUGGCUUUGUUAGAAGUCCUGUCUGGGCGAAAUCUGCUGCACGAGUACAAAUCCUCAUCCCAUCGUAUUUUUCGGUUGAACAACAUAGCGAAAGCACUUAAGUUUUUGGAAGAUAGCAAUGUAAAACUGGUUAGCAUCGACGCGGCAGAAAUAGCAGAUGGCAACCCCUCUUUGGUUCUUGGGCUGAUUUGGAACAUAAUCCUCUUCUUCCAGAUUAAAGAACUCACCGGCAACCUCAGCAGAAAUUCUCCAUCUUCCAGCCUGUCACCCGGCUCGGGGGGCACAGACUCAGACUCCUGCUUCCCACCCACGCCCACCGCAGAGAGGAGUGCGGUGAUAUCGGUGAAAGACCAGAGGAAGGCCAUCAGGACACUGUUGACAUGGGUGCAGAGGAAAACAAGGAAGUAUGGCGUGGCGGUGCAGGACUUUGCAGGCAGCUGGAGAAGCGGGCUGGCUUUCCUGGCAGUGAUCAAGGCCAUCGACCCCAGCCUGGUCGACAUGAAGCUGGCGCUAGAAGACUCCAUGCGGGAAAAUCUAGAGAAGGCUUUCAGCAUCGCUCACGACGCCCUUCACAUCCCCAGGCUCCUGGAGCCAGAAGACAUCAUGGUUGACACACCAGACGAGCAGUCCAUCGUGACUUACGUGGCUCAGUUUCUAGAACAUUUCCCGGAGUUGGAAGCCGAGGAUUUUGCGGAUUCCGACAAAGAAGCCCCUAUUGAAUCCACCUUCGUUCGCAUCAGAGAAACCCCUUCUGAACAAGAGAGCACCGUCUUCCUUCUGACUGAGAAUGGGGAGCGUGCCUACACCGUCAACCACGAAACGAGCCACCCGCCACCCUCCAAAGUCUUCGUCUGUGACAAGCCUGAGGUCGUGAAGGAACCCUGCGUUACCAGCCAGGAGCUGGCAGACAGCUCCUCUGAGUUCAUGCACCAGAUCGUUGACCAGGUUCUCCAAGGGAUCCCAGGGAAGAUCAACAGCACCAGCGAGCUGGCUCCAGAAUCUUCCAUCUUAUCAUCCAGAAAGGACAACCAGAGGUCCAACUCUCUGCCAAUCAAGAAAACUGUGCACUUUGAGGCUGACACCUACAAGGAUGCCUCCUGCAGUAGGGACCCUUUCUACAGUCCAGACCUUCGCUUCGAAGGAAGCCCAAAAGAGACCAAGGAGUCGUCCAAGCAGGACGGACAGGUCUUGGCAGCUGAGGUUGCUGAAGAAACACCGACACAGGAGGCCCCAGAGAUCCUGGAAGCAGCCUCCAGUGAGGCCCCCAGCGACGUGUCUUCAGUGGAUGGUAAGGUCAGUCAUCCUCCGACUUCCCAGACCUCUCCCUCCUGGAAUGGGGCGUCGGAGACGGCAGCUAGCCCAGGGGAAGAGGGCCGUUCCCCCUCAUCCCUGGGAGAGGAUACCACUGUGGCCGAUUCCGUGGAGAUCAAGGUUAAGCUGCUGACUGUAGAAGCUAUGGAUAAAGAAGACUCUUUCGAAGGCAUACCAUUAAAAGCCUCGAAAUUUAACAGCGACCUCGUAGAUUUUCCCUCCACCAGCCAGGCUUUCCACGAGGUUCCUUCGCCUCAUGAGAAAAUGCCUGCCGAGGAGGAGGUGUCAGAGGAUCGUGCUGAGAAGUUGGGUAAAAGGAGAGGUAAAUCUGCGCACAGGAAGACAGGUUUGGAUGAGCCCCCGGUGAAGCCCAACCAGCAAGAACCUCACAAGGACCCUGGCCCAGAAGACCAAGGUUAUUCUUUGGCCCCUGAGGAGGCACCGGUGGAUAAAAAGCCAGAAGUGUAUGAAAAGGCCAAGCACAAGUCCCCCCGGCGCCGUCGGGGCGAGGAGGAAGGGGAAGCCGAGGGCCCACGGGGCCUUGGGGGAGAAUUGCCUUCCAAUCCACCAAGCAGCAGCAUCAGCUUGGAGACCCUCCACAGCCCGAGUGAAGAAAGCCUGGAUUUCAAGCCGUCUCCACCGCUCUCCAGGAUCUCCAUCAUCCCCCAUGACCUUUUCUACUACCCGCAUUAUGAGAUUCCCCUGGCUGCGGUUUUGGAGGCUUAUGCAGAAGGCGCGGAGGAUUUGAGAAACGAAGAAGUGGACCUCGAAGAGCCAGAGGGGUAUCUGCCGGACCUGAGGGCCAGGGAGGAGGAGGCCGAGGAGGCCGAGGCCUCCCAGAGCAGCUGCAGCUUCCGCGGGCUGGGCAAGGACCACCCCCAGGCCAGCAUCGCGGAGGAUGCCAGACCAGCCUCGGAACCCACUCCCCCGUCCCCGCAGGAGGACCACCAGCCAAGGGAGGCCGCAGAGAGUGUCCCCGUGCAGGGCCAUCAGUCCCAGGAACUUCCAAACUCGGAAAACUUAGCAAACCCAUUAGAAGAAAAGGUAAUGGAAGAACCGAUCAGCAGUAAAAAAAAGGAAAAAAGAAAACAUGUGGACCACGUAGAAAGUUCAAUAUUUAUAGCACCUGGAACUGUUCGCUCCUCAGAUGACCUGGAAGAAGACACCCGUGACCACAAAGUCCUUUCCAGGACAAGUCACAGUGACUCCAGCAUUUACAUUCGACGACAUGCUAAUAGGUCUUUGGAAUCGGAUCAUUUUAGCUAUGCUCAGUUGAGGAACGCAGCAGAUCUGGAUGACAGAAGAAACCGAAUGUUAACCAGGUACAAUACUCAGAAGCUCACUGAGCUGAUUUUACAGUUUUAUGGCAUCAGAACAGACAUGAAGAGGGAAUGCAAACAUGCCAGGAUGUCUAUGAAAGAAGGCCAACAACUCAGGCGAAGCCAAGCUGCAAGAGAUCCACAGCCCACAGAGCGACUCGCUGAUGCAGUUCGUCCAGCAGCCAGAUGUGAUGUACUUUAUCCUCUUCCUCUGGCUCCUGGUUUAUUGCCUGCUGCUCUUCCCCCAGCUGGACAUCAACAGACUCUGAUGCGUGCGUCUGCAUAAUAAAAAGACAGGAUCCUGGCCAGGGGUGGGCAGUCUCCUUACUUCCUUUUAUUGCCUGUUCUGGAUGGGGCACUUCUGCAGGUGGUGGAGGACCUCCGAGGAAACUAAGACUCCCUCUCUCCACUUUUCUUUUUCAUGUUUCCUUUUGCUCCUGUAAGUCCUAAGCACGCUUUUCUCUUUGGCUAUGGACUCAACACUCAGGUGUGUGGCCAGAUCCUUGGGUGGGGUUUGUUUGAGUGCCUUGCUCUGUCAGGUAUUAAGCUUUGUUACUAAUACUCAUAACUGGGUCUUAGCUUGCCCCACGUGCUGGUUUUUAAGGUCCCAGAUGGACUUGAGUUUCUCGCCUCCCAAUGAGAAAUAGGAUGGAUGCCUCAGGGAGACCCCCACUGGGAAGAAAGCUGCCCUACUUUCCUCCGAGAGGGGAGUCUGAGUGAAGGUGCUGGGGGUCCACGCACCUGUUGUGGUCUGGUGAUUGGUCGUUUUCUUUGGGGGGAUAUCAGAGCAGCACAGAGCUGCCGGGUCCAGUAAAGGGCGUCCAUGAACGGCAAAGUUCGAGGAAAGUGAAGGCUAGGUCGUGAGCUGCAGUGCACACUUGUUCACCCUCGUUUUCUUUUUUGUGGGGGGCAUGCAUUUUAAUUUUGCUUUUGCAUUGAUUGAACUGAGGUAAAGCUGUGAUUUUCGAGCCUUUCCCACCUAUGGAAUCCUCCUUUCAAGUGGAUUCUCAGGGGCCAGUCUAGUUGAUACAUGAAAAGCAGAGCUUUGGCUGACACAGGGCAAGGCCUGGGAUCCCUCUCGCUUUGCCCGGGCAGCUCCCGGCUUCCACUCGUGCCUCCUGAGGCAUCUGUGCUGGUACCCAAGGCCCCGCAGGGCACUGUCAAAAAAAAGCCCCCGAAAGCCCCGAGGAGGAAUGCAGAAGUGGCCUGGCUGAGAAUGAGCUCUGACUGAUGUUAGAGCAGGAAGUGGUCCAGCACGUGCCUGCUCCGAGAGAGCUUUUGUGCACACCUGCCUCUCAAUGCGAGUCUCAGCACGGGCAUCUUUUGUGGUCAGUUAUGACGGGUUUCUUGAAAAGGAAAAGGGUUUCUGGAAAGCACCCCGAGAAGUAACCAGAACAGGCAGGUGGUGAGAGGACAGAGGCAUCCGCCUGCCCUUCCAUCUUCCUUCUGCCCUGGGCUCCCUCCGCUCCCUGCUUCCUGUCAAGAUGCAGGCCAUGCGUCCCUGUGUAUUACUUCCUCCUCCCAUUGUCCUCCCCCUCAGAAAGUGUGUAUAUGGUGAGACUUAUAAAACCACAGCCUAUUAGGUCAGGAGGGGCAUUCAGACGGCAUGUGCUCUGCUGAACCCAGAGAGGCAGAGCUGGUUGACCAAGAUCACACAGCCAACCAGGAGCGGACUUGCAAGUGUACCCAGGCCACCUGAUGCCCCAUCCAGAGCUGUCCCCUCUUUUAGGGAACUUCCAUUGGGCCCAUGAAUGUCCUGAAAAAAAAAAUAAUAAAAUGAAUAGAUAAGAAUGUC